CUCAUUUGUAGGAACAAAUAGAGGGAGUCUCUCCUGGACUCUACUAAGUAACCUAUUCCCUUUAAGAUAACCACCAAUCAUGGUGUAUGAGUUCAUCUCAAGCUGCCCAAACGGGAGGAUUGGUGACGAAGAGACGCGGAAGUCAGUGCGAAAGAAUGCGAUGAAAGCUUAUCGACGAAAUGAGCGUCUAUCCCGGAUACAAAUGUUUCAGGGGACGCAACCUUACAGCAAUCGGAUUCAUCUAGAUCGACACCAGAAUGGUGAUGCAGGUCCGGACAGGAAGGAGGAAGAAAACCAAGAAAGAGCUGUCACAGACACGGGAUGCAGAGAAAUGCUGUGGGAGCUAACCAGCAUGAAAAGUCUGGGGUCUGCAAUUGACCCUUUCUGUUCAACUGUCCUUCCUCGUCAUCAUCAGGCCCCGCAGCUCUUUUCUCAUUUCGUCUAUGUUACAGCGCAGAAGCUUCAACCGGUUGGAUAUGAUCUUGUUACUGUCUUCGCUCGAGAAGCGCUAGCUGACCCAUUACUCCUCUCCGCCACGCUCUUUCAUGCAGGCCUUCAUACCGAUGCCAUAAGCGGCAGCUUAUGGAGCCCGAACACCCUUUAUUACCGUGGCGAAGCGCUUCGCUCCCUCAAUCAACGACUUCAAUGUCCGCGAACCGCGAUAUGUGAUUCUACCCUUGCUGCUGUUGGAUAUUUAGCGGCUACUAGUGAUGUCACGGGAGAGCAAACUGGUGACGAAACUCACCUGAAGGCCCUCCAGACUAUGGUCAAGAUGAGAGGCGGCUUGAGUCAGCUCGGGUGGAACGGUGCCCUGGCGACGUUCCUGUCCAUUGGGGAUGUACUGAAUGCCGCAAUGACGGGCUCUCAACCAAAUCUUGGGCAUCCUGACAUUACUACACACAACGUCCUCCUUGUUGAUACACCACCAAGGCUAUUGGAACCACCAGCCACCGUCCAAGACCCCACCACCUUUUGCCAAGAGAUCCGCAUCCUAUUAUUCGACAUUAAGCCAUUGUUCGCACUACGGUCUAAAGUCCAGAAGCGAGCUCCUCAGCUACCUUCUUCCAUUACAUCUUUCAUGCAACUCUGCGCUGCUAUCGAAUACCGUCUUGUCAGCACACACAUUCCAGACCAACCCGAGAGUGACCCAGAAGUUCUCAUACACGACGCAUGCCGCAUAGUACUCCUUAGCUUAAUGUCGUUCAACUUCCGCGCCUUCCAGCAUCCAUCCGCAGUCUAUAUUCGUCUAGAGCAACAGCUCAGGCGAGUUAUCGCAGCCCUCGAAAAACGAAGUCAGCCAAUUGAAGACCAAUCCCUCAAGAAGAUGCUGCUGUGGAUAUUAUGGGUUGGUAUUAUUACGUCACCUAAUCUCGAAUGGUUUUUGGUCCGUAUCCGGACUUUGACGGUGGAUUUGGGGUUUGUAGAAUGGGAUCGGCUGAAGAGCUGUCUUGAGGAGUUUGUUUGGACCGAGAAGAUGAAUGGAAAGGCUGUUUCUGGUUUAUGGGAGCGGGUGCGGGAUUCGAUUGUUGUUAGUAGUAAGCAGGUUGAAGCUUUCUUGUGAAAGGAAUACAAUCCUCGUUUCGAAGUAACGGACGUAUAGUAAAGACCUCAAGAGAGGUCGUU